ACAACUUCAGCCCCUCAUAUCAGCAUGAAGUCAGAUGCUGAGAUUCAUUUACUCAAAGUCUUGAAAGAGCGAGGUAUACCGCUGAUUGAAGAUGAUGUAUCGUGGGCAUUUGAAUCCGCUCAAACGAGAGACAAAGUUAUUGCAUGGGUUGACGAAUAUCUCGACAGAAGCACCUUGUUGACAGCAGAAGAGCUCGAUCUAUUUCGUAAAAUCCCCAAGAAGAGUGUCUCAAUCAACAGCGCAUCGCUUUCAAAGCUUCCAGCUCUCUCAGAUGAUGAAAUUAGUGAAGCCUUGAAAUCAUUGCAGAGUUCCACUACCGCCAUCGAAGAGCAAUGCAGAGUUCUAGAGUCGCAGCGCGAUGCGUUGAACUCUAUCAGGGCUGAGUCACGGGCAAGCGCGACGUCUGCACGAUCUCGCGCGGAUCGAUCCCGACGUCGAGGUGAUGAAAAAUCACAGCUGAACAUAGAUGUCGAAGAUCUUGUGUCUACAGCUAGCUCUCGGCUAUCCACAGCUCAACGUGAUGUUGAAAAUGUUGUUCAUCCCUUACUGAGCUCUGCCACAGAGCAGUUGAACUCCGACGAUCGUACCAUGGCUCGUCUAUCCAAAGUCAUACAGAUCCUCGAAACCAAUUCAAAUGAGAGGCAGGAUUUGGCUCAGAUAGAUCGAUGGUGCCAGUCACUAGCUAGACUUCGAGAGGCUGAAGUAAAAGCUCGUAUUGAUGUGACCUUCACUUCAAAUGCUGCAAAGCCCAAGCGCACCGAGAGCCUCAACGUAAGCCAGGAAGAAGCUUUGUCUGAGCAAAGAGCUCUCCAAGAUGAGCUAAAGACUCUACGAUCUGAGGUUGCCUCUGUUGCUGAAAUGGUGGUCAACUAUGAGAUUCAGGAGCCCAUUGUCAAACAUAGCCAGAGCCUGGUAACCUCCAAAAUCGACACUCAACAGUCGUGGUUACAAUAUAUCUCGUCUUCUCUGGAGUUCAUGUGCAACCGCCUGGAGCAAAGUAGUCUCCAUAUGAAUCACCUCAUGGCUUACAACAAGGCUGUCGCUCAUUUUGAAAAGACGUUGGCACUAGAGAAACCAGUCCCAGAGCAACCCAUCACCAAAUCACAUCGGCGGUCUUCGAGUUUCCCAUUAACCCCCAAUUUCCUACCCAAACAGGCGGCACAAGUACCAAAUGCAAUCGCAAGGAUGCUUCAGAACCUCGACAUCUCUCUCACUGUAGGACAUGGAGUUGACGUAAGGACUGCAAUGUCUCAAGCUACCAGUGAGCGACAGGAUCGGUUGGAGGACUACCAUGAAUCAGUACAAUCAAAUCUCGCACAGAUCAUAGGUGAGACCAUGGACUCUGCGAACGGGGAGAUGACAAGGCUUUUAGCAUCUGCAUACAGCAACAGUAGAUACAAGACUGUUCACUUGGAGAAUCCUGUCCAAAAUGCUAGGCUACAGAAGCUUGAGCGAGGUAUGGGUGAGAUUGGACAGGAGAUGACUGGAGUCGAAACGAUGUUAUCUUCACUCGAUGAAGACCAUGCAGAACAUCUGAUCAGCUUGAUCCAUAAGCAUCUUGGCCUGGACUCUGAUCCAUAGAGCACAUUUUCCACGCAAGCUGUUCACAGCGUAUAAAAAGGUGAUAGAAUUCUAUAAUCAUAACGUAUGUAUCGGAGAACAUUAAAUCAAUCCACUAGAAAAGCCGUUGUUCACGUUGAGACGCAGCGACAAGGUGUUAGAAAUUGUUUGGUG